AUGGUCUUGGAUCAGCUGGAUGUAGACAAUCAAAAUGCCAAACUGAUGGUAAAGCUAACUAGGAGUCAAGACUAUGAGAUUGGAUUGAGCACUACCACCACAGCGACCUCAGUUACAAGCACUCAAAAUGGAAUUAAGGUGGCUAAGAUCAACGCUGCCCAUGAAUCCAAACUGCAAGUGGACGCUACAUCAGUUGGGGAGAACCUUGUAGGGGAUUCUGCUGCUGUUUUUGAUAGAGAUGGGCGCAAGGAAGCUGCUCGAGAAUCAGAUUCAUGA